UCUGCUGGUUAAGACAUAUUUGGGUCUAGUUAUACCUCUCGCUUCGCUUCUUCCUCUCUGUUCAGACCCGCAUACACAGAGGGGUCCCUCCUGACUCGAAGAGCAAGUCAGAGUACAGUACUUUACAGCCGGGUCGUCAACAUGACUUCCAUCUUUUGAAUGGAUGUCCUUUUAAAAUAAUAUGUCUGAUGAAUAGUCGACUUGCUACAUUUUACGAGGAGGGAAGAGAUUGACCAAACUAAACAAGCAUUCACUGGGUGCGGCAUCUCUUUGCCUCCCAAAGGGGUGAUCGAUCGGGCGCUUCUUCUGUGGUAGCAGGUAGCUAGCUAGCAGCCGCAGGAGCUUGUCUGGUGUGACUCCAUUCAUUCACAGCGGCGGCGAAGAUGGUGGACCCGGCGGAAUGCACCAUCAAAGUGAUGUGCCGUUUCAGACCAUUGAACAAGUCAGAGGUGGAGAGAGGGGAUAAAUACAUACCCAAGUUUACAGGGGAGGAUCAAGUGUCUAUCUCGGGUAAACCGUUCAUGUUUGACCGAGUGUUCGGGUCCAAUACGACACAGGAGCAGAUGUACAAAGCCUCUGCUCAAAAGAUUGUUAAAGAUGUGCUUGAUGGCUACAAUGGGACUAUAUUUGCCUUUGGGCAGACAUCGUCUGGAAAAACACACACCAUGGAGGGUAGCCUCCAUGACCCGGAUGGUAUGGGGAUCAUCCCCAGAAUAGUCCAGGACAUCUUCAACUACAUCUACUCCAUGGAUGAGAACCUAGAGUUCCAUAUCAAGGUUUCAUAUUUUGAGAUUUACCUGGACAGGAUCAAGGACCUACUGGAUGUAACAAAGAACAACCUGUCUGUACAUGAGGAUAAGAACAGGGUGCCCUAUGUCAAGGGGUGUACCGAGCGCUUUGUGUGCAGCCCCGACGAGGUCAUGGAUACUAUUGACGAGGGCAAAUCCAACCGGCACGUUGCCGUCACAAACAUGAACGAGCACAGCUCCAGAAGUCAUAGUAUCUUCCAGAUCAACGUGAAGCAGGAAAACACUGCUACAGAGCAGAAACUCAGCGGCAAGCUCUACCUCGUCGAUUUGGCCGGGAGCGAAAAAGUGGGUAAAACUGGAGCGGAGGGUGCGGUGCUGGAAGAAGCUAAAAACAUCAACAAGUCCCUGUCUGCACUGGGCAACGUCAUCUCUGCUCUGGCUGAAGGCUCGACCUAUGUCCCAUACAGAGACAGUAAGAUGACCCGUAUCCUGCAGGACUCUCUGGGUGGUAACUGUAGGACCACCAUGGUCAUCUGUGCCUCACCUUCUGCCUACAACGAGGCUGAGACCAAGUCCACACUGAUGUUCGGACAGAGAGCAAAGACCAUUAAGAACACAGUGUCUCUGAACGUGGAGCUGACGGCAGAACAGUGGAAGAAGAAGUAUGAAAGAGAAAAGGCGAAGAACACGACCUUGAGGAGCACCGUGACCUGGCUGGAGAACGAACUCAACCGCUGGAGAAACGGUGAGAGUGUGCCGGUGGAGGAGCAGUUUGACAAGGAGAAGGCUAAUGCUGAGGUCCAGGCUCUAGACAACGUGGUGAAUAAUGAAAAGAUGACCCCCUCGCCCAGCAUCCCAGGGGUUAAGCUGACUGACGCAGAGAAAGAGAAGUGCGAGGCUGAGCUGUCUAAACUCUACAAGCAGCUGGAUGAUAAGGAUGAUGAGAUCAACCAGCAGAGCCAGCUGGCAGAGAAACUGAAGCAGCAGAUGCUGGACCAGGAGGAGCUGCUGGCCUCGUCACGUCGCGACCACGACAACCUGCAGGUGGAGCUGAACCGUCUGCAGUCUGAGAAUGAGGCGUCUAAGGAGGAGGUGAAGGAGGUGCUUCAGGCCCUGGAGGAGCUGGCUGUUAACUAUGACCAGAAGAGUCAGGAGGUGGAAAACAAGACCAAGGAGUUUGAGGCUCUCAGUGAGGAGCUCAACCAGAAAUCGAGUAUCCUGGUGUCCAUUGACUCUGAGCUGCAGAAGCUGAAGGAGAUGACCAACCAUCAGAAGAAGAGGGUAACUGAGAUGAUGUCAUCGCUGCUCAAAGACCUGGUAGAGAUAGGCAUCGCCGUGGGCAGCAACGACAUCAAGCAACACGAGGGCAGUGGUCUGAUAGACGAGGAGUUUACGGUGGCUCGUCUGUACAUCAGUAAGAUGAAGUCGGAGGUGAAGACCAUGGUGAAACGCAGCAAACAGCUGGAGAGCACCCAGGCCGAGAGCAACCAGAAGAUGGACGAGAACGAGAAGGAGCUGGCCGCCUGUCAGCUACGCAUCUCCCAGCACGAGGCUAAGAUCAAGUCCCUGACAGAGUACCUUCAGAAUGUGGAGCAGAAGAAGAGACAGCUGGAGGAGAACGUAGACUCUCUGAAUGAGGAGCUGGUCAAGAUCAGCACUCAGGAGAAAGUCCAGGCUAUGGAGAAGGAGAACGAGGUCCAAACUGCCACUGAAGUAAAGGAGGCGGUUGAGCAUCAGAUCCAGUCUCACCGUGAGGCCCAUCAGAAACAGAUCAGCAGCCUGAGAGACGAGCUGGACAGCAAGGAGAAACUCAUCACUGAGCUGCAGGAUCUGAACCAAGAGAUCGUGCUGGAGCAGAAGCGUCUGAGGGUGGAACACGAGAAGCUCAAGUCCACCGACCAGGAGAAGAGCCGCAAGCUGCACGAGCUCACGGUGAUGCAGGACAGGAGAGAGCAGGCCAGACAAGACCUGAAGGGACUGGAGGAGACUGUGGCUAAGGAGCUCCAGACCCUACACAACCUCAGAAAGCUGUUUGUUCAAGACCUGGCUACCAGAGUCAAGAAGAGUGCUGAGAUGGACUCUGAUGAUACAGGGGGCAGUGCUGCUCAGAAACAAAAGAUCUCCUUCCUGGAGAACAACCUGGAACAGCUUACAAAGGUCCACAAACAGCUGGUGCGUGAUAAUGCCGACCUGCGCUGUGAGCUUCCUAAACUGGAGAAGCGCCUGCGUGCUACAGCUGAGCGGGUCAAGGCCCUGGAGUCUGCCCUGAAGGAGGCCAAAGAGAACGCUGCACGCGACCGCAAACGUUACCAGCUGGAGGUGGACCGCAUCAAGGAGGCCGUCAGGGCUAAGAACAUGGCCAGGAGGGGCCACUCGGCUCAGAUCGCCAAACCUAUCCGGCCUGGCCAGCCCCCUGUGGCAUCCCCCACCCACCCCAACGUCAACCGGUCUGGGCUCUUCAACAACCAGCCCACUGCCAUCAGAGGAGGAGGGGCCACGCAAUGAAGGAGCAAGAAUUGCUGAAGAAGAUAAACAACAUUCACAGUCAGACUAAGAUGCAAAGAUCACCCACAGGAGCUGGCAUUCCACUACACAGAACUUGUCACAUGACAUGGGACGAUUCAUCCAGUAUCAACGUUUAUAAUCUAUAUAUAUAUGUGUAAGAAAUAGACACAGGCUGUACAGUUCUUUUUCCUGAUCCUUUUUGUUUGAAUGAAAUUGAUUUCCUUACAAAACAAAAGACAAAAAUCAAACAAUCGAAUAAAAGUGCGAUCUUGGCGCCUGGCGAAAUGAACAACAUGUAACUAAUAAUGCGUACUCGUAGCUCUUCCAUUUGAUCUGUCGCACAGCAGUUUGUCCAUUUAAUGUCCUAAAAGGUUUUAGUCUGCACUUUGCCAUGUUGAAUGUAUGCUGUCGCAGGUUCUCCCCCAAAAAAUAUUAUAAUAAUAAAAAUAAAAAAAAGACAAAUUUUGGAAAAUCUGCUGAGAAGCAUCCUAGCCUGAUUAUCCAUGUACAGUAUAUCAUCAAAUUAACCCUCCUGUCUAGAUUAAAAUAAGCUUUAUCAAAGGUAUACAAAUACACUACUGUCCUAUUGUACAAUUAGAUUGAGCACUGACAUUUUUACUUUCUCUUUGACGUUUGUUUCUUACGGGACUAAAAUGCUGUAGUAGAACACAUCUUCAGGACCAUGCACUUGUGAUUGACAGAAAAUGACUCCCAAAUGGCAUCCUAUUCUCUUUCUAAUGCACUACAAGAGCUUGGUCAAAAGUAGUGCACUAAAUAGGGAGCAAUUUGAAAUGAAUCCUGUUGGAUAGGACAACUGUGGCAAAAAGUGAGAUUUUGUCUCAUUAGAAAAUGAAGCUGCUUCAGUGUCACGCCUAUCUAAGUCCAAGCUAUUCACUCCAUAUUAAUGUACUGUAUGAUGACAUUUUAGAAUGGUUGAACUGCAAUGUUCCCGAAUCAAUGUAUAUCAAUACCAGCAUAUGCAAGCGCUGCGUAUCCCCUUUGGUAAAAUGUAAGAAAUGCAACACAUCUUUUCCUACUGAUGUCAAUGUUAUCACUGAAGAGAAAAGUACUUCUCGGACCACAAAAAGAUUGUUCUAGAUGCUUGACUGUCCUGAUGAAUUUGUCAAGUUCAUGAUGUGUCACUAUGCCAGCUUAUCCCUCUACUCCGCCUAUCAUGAGGACAUGUUAGAUAAUGGUCUAUAUAGAAGAUGAUGUUUAAAGAAAUGUUCUCCGACAAAAUUGUAGAAAUUGGUUUUUCUUUGACUUUUUUAAUUUUAUUUCCCAUUGGUUAGUGUGUAGUAGUUUGUUUGAGAACUCGUAUGAGCCCCUCACUUUAGACCAAUCAUGAGUUUCAUAGUGUCUUGUUUCUGUGCCUACUGCCUGUGUAGUUGUGUGGUUUGGGCAUACAUUUUGAGUGAUUCUGUUUUUCUCUCUGUAUUCAACUUUUUUUCAUCGGUGUCUGAUUCUGUCAUCAAAAUUCUUCAGCGGCCCAACUUUUUCAUUUUAUGACUCUGCACACCUUUCUCUUGUAUGUAGGCUAACGAGGCAGGGGUUUGCUUGGGGGAUUGGUGAAUUGGGAUCUGCGUCUACACUCGCAUGUCCAAACUAGCCAAUGCAUUGCUUCAUUCUAAGUAACCUUGUCUGCUUCUUAUAGUGUCUAGUGAACAAGAUUACAUUCUAAGUGGGAUGCUAAUGUGGAUGUAGGAACGGAGCCUGUCUUGUCCACGCAGUCACCAAUCUUCAUAACACCAUCCUCCCCUAGCUACAGUCGAUAGAUGGCAUCUGAGUUAUUUAUUGGUGUGUAGGCAGGAUGAAAGCUUUAGACGCUGCCAUUUUUUUAACUACCUAAAUAGUUUUUUUUGUUUACCGUUAUUGAUUUGACUAUUUGUGUCCAUCUCUCAGAAAAUGAAAUGAUCCAAAACAUUGUCCUUCCUUCCCCAUACUGUGUGUAAAACUGAAGCAUCUGCAAAGACUGUCUGGUAUAGCCCAGUGCUGUACAGACCUGACUAUAGUGAGUGCAAUAUGGAUCAGUUAUUGUGAAGAAGAUUUAACUACACAAGGUUUAAGUGAGGGAGUGGGACCUGCAUAAAAAAAAAAAGUAAAACAAACUAAAACUAACGAAUCAGUCUCCUGACUUUUGGUUUGUCAUGUGUGAUAUCUGAAGUUGAAAUGUAGCCUGAAGCACUUUUUGCAAUGUAUCUUGGAUUACAACUGUAAGUGUCGUAACUGUACCUGCCAUAAAGGACCGCUCAAAUACCGAUGCUGCUCCUUUUCUGCAAAAGGAAAAACACAAACAAGCGAAGCAUAACCGGAGUUGUUCAGUCUUUGGGUUGUAAACUAAUAAUAAAAAAUAUUGUCUGAGAACUCGUGGUCUGGCCAGGUUACGAUGGUCUGCACUGUCUGUGUAUGAUGCAAAUUGUGUGUGUAUAUUUUAUAUAUAACCCUAGGGAGAUCUUUGCAGUGUUCUGCACAUCGUUAUCCUCAAGUGCUUUCUGUAGCCUUGGUUCCCAAGAUUUUACCCUAGAGUUGAAACCAAUAAAGUCUCAAAGAGAGAA